AUGUCAGCUCUGACCUAUUCAAAGGACACGUGUCAUUAUUUAAGCAAAGACAUAGCAGUCAGGUUAGGGGAAAAAACACAGAAACGAACUGAAAUUCCAAACGCCAUGGCUAAGAUGUUGAUCGUGGCGGUUCUUGUGAUUUUGGGGACAAUGGCAACCGUUACGGAUGCGCAAGCAACUUGUGCGCAGCAGCUGGUGCCUUGUGCUCCUUACCUUAACAACGCCACGGCCCAACCUGGAGACGACUGCUGUAACCCUAUCAGACAAGCCGUGGCUACUGAGCUUUCCUGCCUUUGCAACCUCUAUAACGACCCUAGUUUGCUUGCUUCUUUUAACAUUACUGUCGCUGCAGCUCUCAGGAUCUCUCGUGAGUGCGGGAUCACUACUAAUCUCAGCGCCUGUAACGCUACUUCUCCUACCUCUGCUCCACCCCCACCAGGACAACCUGGAGCUGCUGAAAGGAUUGCAUUGACUGGACUUACCGCCAUGUUCUUAUUUUUGGUCUCUAUAGCGCUGUAUUAAGGUGACAUAUUCCUUGGAACCUUGAUGGGCAGAUAGAUUUCUAAGAGUAAAUAAUACAGAGAUCAUUCAGAUUAGGCAUCCGAGUUUGAAUAUCUAGAGAUUUAAUUGUUUGCUUGUAUUUUAUUUUUUUGGCUUGAUAUUAUACUUGGUUGGUCAGUGUUGCUAUCACAUAUCUUUUAUUCAGUCAUAUUUAUGGCAGCCUUGAGUUCCAUCAUUUUGUUCUCAAAGUUGAAACUACAUAUUCGUUGUGAUUUCGUGCCUUUGGUUACAGCAUCAGAUUGAAUCUUUCCGUUUGGAAUGGCCAAUACCAUAUUCCUCUUUGUUUAAA